AUGACCACAAGUGAGCCUCAGCCGUCGGAACCCUUCAGGGUCGAUGAGGCUGACUACCAUAACCCAUACAUGUCUACUCAGGUGGAGUUCACUGAACAGACAAACCCCGGCCAGCCUUUCUACCCCAGCCAGCUACCCAUGGAAAUGUCUCUGAUGAAUCGGUCCUCCUCUUACCCUCAGAACCCCCAGCAGCUUUCCUACUUUCAACAAUACCAACAACCGCAUGACCUCAUGCCUCCGAUGCCAAUGAACUAUGGAGAGAGGCCUAGCUACGGCGAAAGCAGCAGCUACGGUGAUAGAAGCAGCUUUGAGAGAUCCACCUAUGAGAGAAACUUCAACCGCCCUGCUGAAAGACCCAGCCUUGUUGACGACUUGGGCAGAUCACAGAAACGGUCAAGCUCCGAUGACAUGCUUGUGCACAAUACAGCGGGCAGUCUACGACACUUGGCCCAGCCAGUGCCCAUUAGUCAACCAUCUCGUCUCUCCUCUAGAGAGUCUGACGAUCUGCUGGAUAGUUCUUUCUCUGAAUCACCUGUUGGACUCCCCAUUGGCGAAUCAGGAUUCGUGCCUGCCUCCCUCUUGGAGUCCAACAUGAUGGGACUGCUGUCAUAUCCGGACAUGACCACCAUGGUCAACUCGGACCGCAAUGUCUCUGUGCCCUUGGUGGAAACCACUUUUGUGGACCCCACUAAGUGUAGCAUUUGCGGAAAGAAAAUCUCCAGAGACAUGAUCAGACACAUGUGGACCCAUCAGACGGAGAAAAGGUUUAAGUGUGUCUUUCCAAAAGGCAGUUGCCAGCAUAAAUCGGGCCUGUUCAAUAGAAGGUACGAUUUCAAAAAACAUCUCCUCAACAAACAUUUUAGGUACGACGACGUGUCUGCCAAAAGAGAGCAUAAUCUUCGAGAGAAACUUACCCAGUGGGGUACCUGUCCUUGUGGAAGGCGCUUCUUAUCGGGUGAUUGGUUGAGUCAACAUAUUCUCACCAAAAACGAGAGCCAGAAGUGUCCUUUACUCAGGCAGAACAGUAGUUAA